AUGAGACCAGAAAGGUCGCUGCCGUACGCGGACGACUUCGCAUCGGCAGACGACUACGUCGAGCAACUGCUACACUAUGUGGCGUCAACGCCCGUAUUUCAAGUGCUGUGCGGCGGCGUGCACAUUAUGGAUUUUUACACGACAGAACCGGGCCUUUUCUAUUCGGUAGUUCCGGCCGACUGGCAGCCAUUUCUACUGGAUCGCACGCCCAUGGAGCUGCUCGACUUUUUGCUGCGAGACGACGUCGAUGCGUCUGUUGCAGCUAUAUCUUCCAGCGGUGGCCGCGUCCCACCGCCACCCAGCCUCGUCCACUACGUCCACGACGUGCGGCGGUUCAGUCUGCGGCGAAACUUGCCGCCGGCGACGGCGGCUGCGGCUACGACAGCGAAACUGCCGCGCAAAAUUACCAUGGGCAUGAAUGUCAAGAAGAUACACGAGGUGACGCAGUUUUCCGAGUAUGUGGAUCGCUUGGCGGACGCUCUGUCAGGCGAUAUGCCGACUACGCCCAUUACGCAUCUAGUGGACGUCGGCAGCGGACAGAACUAUCUCGGGCGCGCAUUGGCCAGCAAAUCGAGGGCCAGUGGCGGUGAGAGCAGGCGUCUUCGUCGUGGCGUUGUUGCAGUCGAGAGCAAGGGCCACAACAUUGCCGGUGCCAAGGGUCUGGACAUGAUGACCGGCGUGAUGGCGGCGCCAGUGCGGCCAAUGCGCAACAAGAAGCUGUACCAGCAGCAGCUGCUGAGCCAAAAGGGCGCGGCGGCCAAGCAGACGGACAAAGUGCGGAACCGGGUUGCAAAAUUAGAGCGUGGAAAGGUCGAGAAGGAUGGCGACGACGAGAAAGAGGGUGAAGAUGGUGACGAAGGUGAAGGGAGUGAACGUGGUGAAGCGGACCCGACGGGCCCAUCCGAACAGACAGCGGCGACAGUGCCAAAGCCAACGAUCGUGGCCGACAUGCGGUCCAGGAACGAGAUUGCCGCGGAAGCGUACGCACAGAUCCAGGAGAAUCAAAGCCAGAAACAGUCACAAAAAGAUAAGGAUAGGGAGAUGGCAGCUGAGGCAGACAACCUCAUCCAGUAUGUCGAGGGCCGGCUGGAGAACGGCGACCUGUCGCACAUUCUCGCUCAGGUCCAACCGUUACGGCAAGAAAAUGAAAAUGGAGAAAGCGAGAAAGACAGCAACCUCAGCAGCCCGUCUAGCUUCCUCACAGUCUCCAUUCACUCGUGUGGCAACCUGUCGCACUACGGCCUGCGUGCACUGGAGCUCAACCCGGCCGUCAGAGCCGUUGCUAUUGUUGGCUGUUGCUACAACCUAUUGACGGAGCGACUGGGUCCACCGACCUACAAGGUGCCGGGAAUGCAGCGGCGUCCGACACUGCAGCCGGUCAACGGUCGCGUCGUGCGCGAGGAGGAGCGGCGGGACCCGGAAGGCUUCCCCAUGAGCGAGCGGUUUGCUAAAUAUACACCGGAAGCAGACGCCGAUGAAGGGAUCCGGUUCAAUAUCACGGCACGCAUGAUGGCGUGCCAGGCGCCGGCCAACUGGACCGAGGCCGAGAGUGAGGCCUUUUUCACGCGCCACUUUUACCGCGCCAUCCUGCAGCGCAUUUUCCUAGACCGGGGUGUGCUGCAGAGAGUCCGGCUGGGAGACACGGCGAAGAGCGACAAUGCUCCCGGCGACGAGAGUGGCACCGCCGUCACGCCCAUUAUUGUCGGCUCGCUGCGCAAGGCGUGCUACGCAUCGCUCCCAGCUUACGUGCGCGGCGCCGUGGCCAAGAUGGCCGCACAGGGGAACGGCUAUGGCGCUGCCUCGUCGGCCGAGAACGCCGCAGUCAACGCAGCUGUCGCCGAAAAGAUGGCUGGGUUGACGGAUGCCGAUCUAGAGGAGUACAAUGUGCGCUUCGGCGGCAAUGCGCGGCGGCGGCGCGAACUGAGCGCCGUGUGGUCGCUCAUGGCUUUCAGCGCCGGCGUCGUCGAGUCAGCCAUCGUCGCCGACCGCUGGCAGUACCUGCGUGAGUUGCAAGCACGCGGGCUGGUGCGCGACUGCUGGGUCGAGAGUGUCUUUUCGUACGACCAGAGCCCGCGCAACCUCGUGGUCGUGGGCAUCCGAGGCGACGGUGGGCCUGUGUGCGAGCCUGUGUAG